CCUCCAAAAGAAAAACAUGGCCAAAUCACUUGCCCUUUUGACCACCUUUGCACUACUUUCUCUCACUACAGUCCGAGCCUCCGACCCCGAUUUGGUCUCCGACUUUUCGGUCCCCGAUGGUGUUGAUCCGGCCAAGCUUGAUGGAGUAUUCUUCACCUACACCGGAUUACGAGGCGGUGCACCGGCUUCCACCAAUGGUAUAGGCUACAAGUCUGUGACGAUCAAGGACUUUCCAGCCCUCAAUGGCAUGGGAAUUUCAAUGGAACUUCUUAAAUUUGCACCAGGGGCCGUAAACGUGCCACACACCCACCCCCGGGGCGCUGAGGUUCUGUUCGUGGUGGACGGGUCACUGACUGUUGGCACAGUGGACGGCAAUGGGAAGUUGUACAAGAACAUGUUGCAGAAGGGUGAUGUUUUCGUGUUCCCGAAAGGGUUGCCUCACUACCAGGCCAACUUUGACAAGACCAACAAGGCUGUGACUGUCUCGGCCUAUGGAAGCUCUAUUGCAGACUAUGUUGAUCUGCCUAAGAACUUGUUUGGCUCUAGCAUUCCUGAUGAAGUGCUUACCAAGGCCUUCAAGAUGUCAGCUGAUACUAUUCAGCAACUCAGGACUGCCCAAAAUUAA